AUGAGUCUCAAGAUUCACCUGUUGACCAGUCUUUUGAGGAGAACCCAUAAUUCCUACAGUGUAAGGCAUUUCACAUGGUCAACUGUCUUAUGCAAUAAAAUUGAUGAAGAUUUAGAGAAUUGGAAAGAACUUCAUAAGACAAUGCAAAUUAUUCCAAAUUUUAUCUCUGUUGAUGAGGAAAAAUCUUUACUAGAAGAAGUUGAUCCUUAUAUGAAGAGACUUCGAUACGAAGAGGCACAUUGGGAUGAUGCAAUACAUGCUUACAGAGAGACAGAAAGGAGGCAGUGGAAUGAAAAUAACAUAAAAAUAAUAAACAGAAUUCGUGAGAAAGCUUUUACUAAGGGAAUGCUUCAACUUCCACUGAUACAUAUUUUGGACCUAGCAGCUGAAGGAUGGAUAAAACCGCACGUUGACAGUAUUAGGUUUUGUGGAGAAAUUAUUGCUGGUUUGAGCUUGUUAAGUGACAGUGUAAUGAGACUGACAAUGGUUGGAAAUGAAACAGUAUACAAGGAAGAUUUUCUGUUGCCACAAAGAUCUUUAUAUAUAAUGAGAGGCGCAGCCAGGUAUAAUUACAAUCACGAAAUUUUAAAAAAUGAAGAAUCGUAUUACGAAGGACAGCAUGUACCAAAAACUAGGCGUAUUUCAGUAAUAUGCAGAAGCCAACCAAAUCAUGUUAGUUAA